ACAUCACAGGAAUGUAUAAACAGUAUGGUCAAUACAUGCCCACAUUGCCCAGAGCACUUCAGAGGCUGUAGUGCAGGAACAAAAGAUAGGUUCUCUCAUAUGCACAGAAAUGUUUUAUUUACUGUAAGGGUUAGUUUAGCCUACCCAAAAAGGGGAAUUCUGUCAUAAUUUAAUCAGAAUCAUCCUUCAAACAUGUAUGACUUUUACUUCUGUAGAAUAUACUUAUUUAAAAAAAAAUAGUAAGGGUGUUGUUACCGCUGACUUAAAUUGUAUGGACAGAGAUUUCUUGAAAUAUUUUUUAUUUUUCCACAGAACAAAGAGUUGGAAUCACAAAAAGGCAUGACGAAAUAUUCAAGCUGUCCUGGCCAGCUGCUUAUUCAACUAUGUGCAGCCCAUGUGCAGUCUGCCUAAAACAGUCUGCUUUCUGCUCACAAAAUACAAAUAUUUUACAGAGAACUUUGUGCAUAAGAAUGCUGUGAAGAUGUACCAAAUUGUAUCAGCAACUGUUGGAGAUAUUGGCAUUGGUGCCAUAAGCCGUUGCCCACCACCUAAGAAGAAGAGAGUUGGCAGACCAAGCCGCCCAGUCAUAAAAGCAAGUGCACUAGGAGCCAUACUUGUUUUUGCUGCUAUAGUGGCAUGGUGUGACUACUCUGCCUCUUUUCACAAGGCCAGUUGUCUGACGACUGAACGAUUAGACCUUAACAAGGAUGGGUUUGCUAUCAGAAAUCAAGCUGGGGUUGUCAUAUUUAAAAUGGCAUUCAGGUCUGGAACCCUAGAUCUGGACUCCUGUUUGAAAGAGGGACAGAUUCUCAGUUGUGACAAGUCCAAUUCAGGGAAUGUACAUUUCUUCAUUGAAAUGGUGAAGCCUAAAGACACAGUUGAGUGCUAUCGUGUCCGCUGGGAUGAGUUGAAUGAGCAUGGGUCUGUAGAGCAUGUCAUGUCCUGCGGUGCAUCACAUUGGUAUGGUGGUGCGGAGAUGUGGUCACAGCAUUGGCCAAUGGUUUUGAAAGGACAACAUGCACCCAAACCUUUCAUAACAGGUGAUAUCAAAACAAAUCAUCAGGCAUUUGGUGGCAUCUUAGAACGCUACUGGCUUUCUUCAAAUGCUACAGCAAUAAAAAUUAGCGAUUCUGUUCCUUUUCAUCUAGGCUGGGAUGAAACAAACAGAACUCUGUGGUUUCAGGCUCGAUACAAUGACAGUCCUUACAGACCUGACCCUGGUAAUCCCCAUCGUGUAACACUAAGCUACCGUGUAUGUGUUGGGCCUGAUGUCACUUCUUUACACAAGUACAUGGUCCGUCGAUAUUUCAACAAGCCCAAUAAGGUUCCAUCAGAAGCUGUUUUCAAACAACCAAUCUGGUCUACAGGAGCUCUAGAAGAAGUCAACCAAGAAAGUGUUUUAAAAUAUGCUGCUGAUAUCCAAAAACAUGGCUUUAAUUGCAGUCAAUUGGAGCUGUAUGAUAGAUAUCCCAGUGGCUAUGGGGAGUUUGAGUUGGAUCCUAUUAAGUUUCCCAAUGCUUCACUCAUGUUUCAAAAAUUAAGGGAAGCUGGCUUCAAGGUAACCCUGUGGACGCAUCCAUUUGUCAACUAUAAUUCUGUCAAUUUUGGUGUCGGAGUAGAACGAGGACUGUUUGUACGUGUACCUGGUAGCCAACUUCCCGCUUUGGUGAGUUGGUGGAAUGGUAUCGCUGGCAUUUUGGAUUUCACUAAUCCUGAAGCUCGGGACUGGUAUACUUUGAAUCUCUGCAACCUUAAGAAUAAAUACGGAGUGGAAUCUUUCAAGUUUGAUGCAGGAGAAACAAGCUACUUACCUCAGCAGUUCAGUACUUUUGUUCCUUUGCAUGAUCCAAGUACUUUUACCCGACGCUACACUGAGAUGGCAAUACCAUUCAAUGAUCGUGGAGAGCUGAGGUCAGGCUAUCAAUCUCAAAACAUCUCCUGCUUUUUCACAGUUGUUGACCGAGACUCUGUAUGGGGAUAUACCCUAGGCCUCAAAUCUAUAAUCCCAACUGUCCUUAGUGUCAGUAUUCUAGGCUAUCAGUUUAUCCUGCCAGAUGUAAUAGGUGGAAAUGCAUAUUCAAACCUCACUGUUCCUCCAGAUCGGGAGCUGUACAUCCGUUGGCUAGAGCUCUCAGCAUUCAUGCCAGCCAUGCAGUUCUCGCUUCCACCAUGGCACUUUGAUGAUGAGGUAGUGAAUAUUGCAAAGAAGUUCACCACUCUACACCAGUCUCUUGUAGCUCCUCGAGUUCUAGAGCUUGCUGGGGAAGUUCUGUACACUGGUGAUCCCAUCAUUCGCCCUCUUUGGUGGAUUGCUACAGAUGAUGAGGCUGCCUACAAAAUUGACUCUCAGUUCCUCAUAGGAGAUGACCUUCUUGUGGCACCUGUACUUGAACCAGGAAAGCAGGAAAGAGAUAUAUACCUUCCUGCGGGUAGAUGGAGAAGUUAUAAGGGAGAGUAUUUUGAUAAAGGCCCAAUGCACCUUACUGAUUACCCAGUAGACUUGGAUGAACUUGCUUACUUUGUGUGGGCAGGAUAAUUAGAAGUGGAUAGGGCAUUGGUAUUAACAAAGCUCAUAGACAUGACUCUACUCACACUCAUUUACGCACUAGCUAUGUUUUCAUCUAAAGAUGCAAAUUAAAUUUAUGAGUAUCUCAUAUAAGACAUCAAAUAAAGCAGCGUUUCCAUCCAAGUAGUCAAAGAGAGCAAAAUCUUCACUUCCUGAUAAACUGAAAACAAAUAUCAAAAGUAAAAACGGAAAUUGCUGCGGUGGGAGAAGCUGAAUCAUUUCUUUAUUUAAUAAAUUGUCUACACAAAAGGAGACAGAAUGCCAAAACGCAAUGAAUGUGUGGUUAUGUUUAAAGGCAUGAGACAUGGAGCACAGACGCUCUUGACAGUUCUGGAGGUAAUUAAUAAAAUAAUGACACUAAUAUUGUAAUGGUUAAGGCAUUUUAGAAUGACCAAAACAACAUUUCAGUUGUUUUACAAUGCAGUCAACCCGCUUGUUUAUCCAUUCUUACACAUUUUUAUCAUCACAUGACCUUUAAUAACAAAAUCACAUGAUUUUUAAUGUACUUUUUUUGAAAUACAUAAGUUUGUACAAAUUUGAAUCAAAAGUCAUGCACAUGAUUUUUUACGUGCAUUUUUAAAAUGUAUGCACAUCUUGGCAUUUCCAUUAACCAUUUUUUU